ACUAUAGGAAGGCAGAACCAUGCAGCCAUGGCAUCCUGCAGGAGUGCAUCAUGGAAAGCCCCCUAUGAGUCAAAUUGGGAAACGGACAAGAAACAAAAGGAGGAGGAGGAGGAGGAGGAGGAGGAGGAGAAGAAGAAGAAGAAGAAGAAGAAGAAGAAGAAGAAGAAGAAGAAGAAGAAGAAGAAGAANGGGAAGAAGAAGAAGAAGAAGAAGAAGAAGAAGAAGAAGAAGAAGAAGAAGAAGAAGAAGAAGAAGAAGAAGGGGGAGAAGGGGGAGAAGGGGGAGGAGGACGAGAAGGAGAAGAAGAAGGAGCAGGAGGAGGAGGAGGAGGAGGAGGAGGAAGAAGGAAAAAGUAGGAAGACGUUGGGAGAAGAAGCAGGAGGAGGAGGACGAGGAGGAGGACGAGGAGGAGGACGAGGAGGAGGAGAAGGAGAAAGAGAAGGAGAAGGAGAAGGAGAAAGAGAAGAAGAAGAAGGAGAACGAGAAGAAGGAGAAGGAGAAGGAGAAGGAGAAGGAGAAGGAGAAAGAGAAGAAGAAGAAGGAGAACGAGAAGAAGGAGAAGGAGAAGGAGAAAGAGAAGGAGAAGGAGAAGGAGAAAGAGAAGAAGAAGAAGGAGAACGAUAAGAAGAAGGAGAAGGAGAAGGAGAAGGAGAAGGAGAAGGAGAAGGAGAAGAAGGAGAAGGAGAAGGAGAAGGAGAC